CCUACGAGACAAAGGGACAACAUGCAAUGGCCUGUGGCAACGUGCUGGUGCUGAAUGCCAGCCAGCCCUUGCAGUCUGUGUGGCUAAGCAAUGAGUGCUUGUGCCAGGGCCACUUCGAUUAUGCCGUGGUGCCGCGCCGGCACGCAGAUGCUCGAUGCCUUCAACAGGCGCGCUGGAAGCUUCCAGAAGCCAUUGAUGCGCAGGAGGCUCUGGUGAACUUUGCUGGAGGCCACGUUCGGCAGCAGCUGGCAGAGUCCAUCGUCCGCUGCAAGAAGCGCAGGGGACGGCUGUUCUGGACGUUGAAGCUGAUCGGCUUGGUGAAGGACUUCGCGCGGAUCGACCAGGUUCAGCAGGCCUUUCUGCUUUGUGUUCCGAGGCCGUGCAGCGCAGAUGCUACAAGCGCUUGGCUGGCGCCCGCCUUCUUCGGAGCUGAUCCGCCCGGGCCAGUAGAGCCAUUCAGAUGUGGAGGCUCUCAGCGUGUAGUACUGCCCCCUCGAUUGGCCAUCCCCAUGGAGGCGGACCCAGGAAUGCGGAGCUAUGUCCUGGAGGCCACAGGUCAACCAGGCCGCAGCCUCUACUUCAUCCAAGACCGCGCAGGAGUUGUGCAGUCCGUGCACCGCUCCACGGAGCUUCACGUGGCCUCGCGCUCCGUGCUUGAGCCCUUCAGCGGCAAAAGACGCACAGGCGUGGCGGUGCUCUUCGCUGGCGCCUGGCGCUUCUCGGAGCGCACCUGCGCCUCCAUCGCCCGGCAUUUGCUGCAGCCGCUGCAGGCGGUGUCUUUUGCGGUGAGCAGCGGCCGGGGGCGCCUGGAGGCGCGGAGAAGGCUCAAGCAGCUCUUCGUGUCCUUGAACUUUGCCUGGGUUAAGGAUCCCAACGUCAAAGAGCUGCGGGCCAGCAUUCCGCCGAAAGCGCGGGAGAUCUACGAGACGUUGGGCAGCGGGGCGUUGAGCCCGCUGCGGGGCAUCCCUGGAGGCUUCAACCUGCCCUCCCUGCGCAAGCUGCAGAUAGCGCUGGAUCUCGUCAAAGGCUACGAGAAGCGCCGGCGGCGGCAGUUCAAGUGGUUGAUCCACACGCGGAUGGAUUUGAUUUGGGUGGCUAACCACCCGCCGCUGUCGAUGAUGGACUCUUCGCGCAUUUGGACUACGCCCCUGCUGGGUGCUGGAGGAAAUCAUGCAAACAGGUUUGCCCUCAACGACUGGCAUGCUGCCGUGCCGCGCGCGAAUGCUGCAGCCUACUGGGGCCGAUGGCAGCUGCUAUGCCGAGGGCAAGCACCUUGGUUGCCUCACAUAGAGCCCGGGGAGCUGCUGUCGGCGGUGCUGCAGACGCUGGAGAUCCCGCUGGGCGAGAUGGAUGCCGUGUACUGCUUAAAUCAGUGCACCAACUGGAGCUGCCAAUUUAGCAGCUGGAUGCCCAGGAAGUCUCGCUGGAGAUGGGAGAAGAAUAGGCAGGUCUUGCAGCAGCGCGCUGCAGCCCUGCGCUUGGGGGCCGAAUGGCAUACAGACGGGACCCGACUUUGGAUAUCAACACCAACAAAUUCCA